AUGCACAUCUCCAACCAUCUUGCAGUGGCCCUGGCCAUCGCCGCGGGCACCGCCCAAGCCCACGCCCGCCACGGCAACAUCUACGCGCGCCAGAACGCCACGCAGCCCGACACUACGCCCACCACCAUCCCCAUCAGCAUCCCCACCACGCCCGCCGGCGCCACCGAGCCCAUCCCGGUGCCCGUGCAGACCGAGCAACAGCCCACGACCCAAGCGCCCGCCGUCGUCCUCAGCACGGCCGAGACCCCCGCCGCGACAGAGGAACCCACUGCAACCACCGUCCCGGCGGUCGUCGUGCCCCCGUUCUCCAUCCCCGCCAACUCCAGCGUGCCGGCCACCGUGCCGGUCAGCGUGCCCGUCAUCCCCCUGACCACGGCGCCGCCCGCGAUCGUGACCCCCUCCGUCGUCCCCGCGACGACGCCCAGCUCCGGGUUCGUCAACACCACCAGCCCGAAGGCCACCCACUCGGCGACCUCCGGCGGGGGUAACGGCGGCAGCGGUGGCAGCAGUGGCGGUGGCGGCGGCGGCGGCGGCGAGGGUGGUGGUGCCGCCCCGGCCGCUCCGAGCGCCACGAACGGUCUUACCACGAGCGGGAGCACGAAGCUGGUCGCCUCGGCUCUGUCGCUGGUCGGGGGCAUUGUGGUCGGGGUGAUGGUGCUGUUUUAG